AUGCGUCGAAGAUACAUGGAUGCUAUGUCACUUGUUCAACGGUAUGGAAAACCUGAUAUCUUCCUUACAAUGACGUGCAAUCCAUCUUGGCCAGAGAUUAAAAAACAUUUAGCAGAUGAAGAUGAAAUCCAAAAUAGACCAGAUUUGGUUUCUCGAGUAUUCCGAGUAAAAAUUGAGCAAUUAAAGGAUGAUUUGUUCAAGAAGAAUCUGUUUGGUGAAGUUGCAGCUUAUACUUAUGUGAUUAAAUUCCAGAAACGAGGAUUAUCACAUGCUCAUUUUCUAAUUAUCCUCAAACAAAGAUCGAAGAUGUUUUCUCCUGAAGCAUAUGAUAGGAUUGUUUCUGCAGAGCUACCAGAUCCGAAAGAGUCACCUUAUUUACAUUCAUUGGUGCUAAAACAUAUGGUUCAUGGACCAUGUGGUGUUCUAAAUCCCAAUUGUCCAUUGAAGUACAUUUACAAGUAUAUUUACAAAGGACACGAUAAAGUUAUGUAUCAGAUCACUUCUCAACAAACUGAAAAUAUCAUUGAUGAGAUUCGCAAUUUCCAAUCUGCUAGAUGGAUUUGUGCUCCUGAAUCCAUGUGGAGAAUAUUUGCAUUCGAUUUAACCAAUAUUCAUCCAUCAGUAAUGACAAUGCACUUGCAUUUACAAAAUCAUCAGUCGAUAUCAUUUGCUGAGAAUCAAACAUUGGACGAUGUUCUUGCUAAUGAAAGAAAUUCAAGGACAAUGUUAACAGAAUUCUUCUCUAUGAAUCGAACAAAUAAGAGAGCACAGGAUCUGAAUUGUCUCUACAAAGAAUUUCCCAAAUAUUUCACUUGGGAUGAAGGUGAUCGAAUAUGGAUGGACAGAAAACGUGGAGAAGUCAUUGGCCGUGUUAACACAGCCCACCCCAUUGAAGGAGAAAGAUACUACCUCAGAAUGUUACUCAUGCACGUAAUAAAACCAACUUCCUUUGAUGACUUAAAAUGUGUUGAUGGUUAUAUAUCAUCUACAUACAAAGAGGCAGCAAAAGUUCGUGGACUGCUUCAAGUAAACAAUGGUUUUGAUGAAUGCUUAUCUGAGGCACUUGUGUACAACUUGCCAAAUAGCUGCACUAAAGAUAUUGAAACUGAGUACCAAAUACCUGUUUCCGAUGAAGAUUUGGCUUCAGUUUCAAUGUUGAACAAAGCGCAAAAGUCUGCAUUUGACAGAAUAACCGAAAAGCUGAAUAGAAAUAUCCCUGGUGUUUUUUUUAUUGAUGGUCCUGGUGGAACUGGCAAAUCAUUCUUAUAUAAAGCAUUACUUGCAACUGUAAGAUCAAGGGGUCAUAUUGCACUAGCAACAGCGACUUCUAGUGCUGCAGCAUCAUUGUUACCUGGAGGACGGACGGCGCACUCUCGCUUCAAGAUUCCACUUCACCAAGACAAUAGCCAAACCUGUAACAUUUCAAAGCAAAGUAGCAUCGGUAAGCUUCUAAAACUUGCAAAGUUAAUUAUAUGGGAUGAAGCAGCAAUGGCUAGAAAACAUGCAAUUGAAUCGUUUGAUACGAUGCUUCGUGAUAUUCUAGAUUCUGAUGUUAUAUUCGGUGGCAAAACUAUUGUCUUUGGUGGUGAUUUUUGA